AUGUCGCACAAGAAGUCCGGUUCCCUACUAAACUCAGUGCUGGUUGCUGAAGGAGCCCGUCGCGAAAGGGAAAGACAGCGUGCCGAUUCAUCACAAAGCUCAACAACUGUGCCACACUUAUCAUCACCGUCCGCCUCCCAACACUCUGCGGCUACGCAAAAUGAGGCGCUUGCUUCAAGUAGUGAUUCUGGCUCUCUUACAGUGCCACCCGACGAGAUACUACCACCACAACGCCCCACAUUCCCUGUUUACCGACCCUUUCCCCUCAAACUGCCUCCUGGUCAUAACACCUCUGUGCGAGCCUUUUAUUAUGGCUACAUGGUGACAGACGAGACGAUGUACCAGUACCUUUUGCCUCGUGUAGGCAAGUACAUCGACGAGGACGAAGUGGGAACAAUGCACCUCACGCACGCCACUGCCCUUUGUCUGCAGCGGGAAUCGGGCAUCCGUACACCGCUACACUUCAAGACUGCGCUUGUAGAUGAUACCAACAGGGACCUUCCUCGGUGGGAGAACCCUCCACGUAUCCCUAUCAUCAGUGUCACGUCGUCUUAUUCUCUCGAGUUCGAUAAGCGUCCAACUCAGGAGCAACUAGAGAAGCUCACGGCUCUCCUGGGAAGCAUGCCUCGGUGGUGGCUCGACUCUUGGCAUAACGAGGACACUACUUGA